AUGAAAAUCACUCAAUCUCUAAUAUGGGCCAUUCCGGCCACAGCACUGGUUCUUCCAGUCCCAAUCACAUCCUCUCAAGAAGUUCUUCAGCAUGUUCUUAAUUCAAACCCUGUUAAAUCAGUCUGGAACUGGUUUACAGGACCCUCUGACGAAAAGCGUGUGCUGGAAACAGAAGGCGGGGUCAUGUAUAUUGGUGGCGACUUGCUCAAGAUUCGGCUGAAACGUCGUGGCAUCAACUUUAUGGAUGUGACGGAUCAUCUUGAUUUUUAUGCAGAGCUCGAAGCGCGCAAGGAAACAGAUAAACCAGAAACUAAAGAAUCUCCAUACCCAACAUCGCUACAAUACCUAAAAGAGGCAGGCAAACUUUUAGGCAACAUUUCAGAGGCAAACAUGCAACUUGCACUGGCCACAAUGUCGUCAUUUAAAACUCGUUAUUACAAGUCAGAGUACGGCCGCAACGCGUCGUUAUGGCUUGCAGAGGCCGUCGACGAUAUUGCCAAACUGUACUCGGGUGCAAACAUCACUGUGCAGACGUUUAAGCACCCAUGGGGGCAAAAGUCGGUGAUUGCAACUCUACCAGGGUCCCAGAUUUCUAAGGCUAGCAGCGGUAUGCGUACGCCUGCAACCAUGUACCACGCCGAUGGCGACAUUGUUGUAGUUUCCGCACACUUAGACUCGACCAACUUGCUUCUUCCUGGGAUUUUGCCUGCGCCUGGAGCAGACGACAAUGGCUCGGGCAGCGUUACGAUUCUAGAAGUGCUACGAGUGCUUGCAAGUGCUGCAGAAAGUGGCACAUUUAUACCACACAACUCUUUACAAUUUCAUUGGUACAGCGCCGAGGAGGGCGGGCUUCUUGGAUCUCAAGCAGUUCUUAACGAGUACCGGCGGCGUGGUGUGGCAGUGCGUGCGCUGCUCCAGCAAGACAUGACAGGGUUCCCUGGAAUGGGUGUGGGGCCUGACCGUGAGGGUGCAGCAUUUGGUGUCAUGACAGACUAUGUGGACCUGGCUCUGACGCGGUUUGUGGAAUCAGUUGUUGCCGGGUACACAUCGACGGCGCUGGUACGCGAUAAGUGUGGGUAUGGAUGUAGCGACCAUGCAUCGGCCACCAAGGUCGGAUACCCCUCUGCGUUUGUUAUGGAGUCGGCCAUGAAGAAAUCGAACCCUUAUAUUCACUCGGUCAUGGAUACAAUUGACCGGUUGUCAUUUGAGCACAUGGCUGAGCACGCACGGUUGACUUUAGGGUAUGCAUAUGAGUUGGCCAUGCACAAGUUUUAA